AAGUUAGGCAAGCGGGAAAAUCAAUCAAUAUUAAAUUUAGAAUAUAGAUGAUAUAGCUUAUGCAUAGGUUCUAUUUAAUAAAUAACAAAUAUUUAUUAAUUUGUUUAAAGUAGAAUAAAACCCAUUAAACGGUUACUAUCUCGCAGUUCAUAAUGCCUUGGCAUCCGGGUCAUCACCAUCACGGUCCUCCGCCACCACCUCCACCUCACUGCGGACCCCCGCCACCACCAUUUCACGGACAUCAUCCGCCACCUCCACCACCAUUUGGUGGACCACCUCCGCCACCACCUCAUCAUUACCAUUGGCACCCACCUCCACCACCACCAGGCCCACCAUGCGGACAUAGCAGUGUUUUUUAUGGUUGCCAUCAUUGUCAUGGUUGGAGAUGGUAGAAGAAGAUGGAAAGAUUAGUUUAAAUAUGAUAUUUUUUUAUUAAAAACAUAAUAUUUCUAUUUAUUCAUAUGUAUGUAUAUAAGCACAAUUAUGAUUUUAAUAUAGACUUUAGUUAGCUCAAAAA